GGAAAGUGAUUUUUUUUUUUUUUUUUUUUUAGGUGGCCACUGCAGAUUUGUUUUCCGUAGUUCGUACACCAGCGACUCGUUUUAGAGUAGCUAAUACGUUCAUUUGUUUUUAACUGUGCACUUUUCCUUAAGUUUGUGAGCUUUUGUGACAGUGUGAGGACUGAGUCUCGACGUGGACGUGGUCAGUUGGCGUGUCCCGACUUGGAGUGACGGCUGUGCAGUCCUAUGAUUCCUCCUAAACAAUUUUGCAGUGGCCCCCUUUUUCACAAACUAAAUCGCUAAGUUUUGUUGUACAUCGUUACCUGUUUAUUUCUUCCUUGAAGACUGAAGACGCUCGGGGUUCAAGAUGUCUGUAGCGGGCCUGAAGAAACAGUUUUAUAAAGCCAGUCAGAUGGUAAGUGAGAAAGUCGGUGGCGCAGAAGGAACUAAACUAGACGAUGACUUCAGAGACCUGGAGCGGAAAGUAGAUGUUACCAGUAAAGCAGUAGUGGAAGUGAUCUCCAAAACAUCAGAGUACCUGCAACCCAAUCCAGCUUCAAGGGCCAAACUGUCCAUGUUAAAUACCAUGUCUAAGAUUCGUGGUCAGGUGAAGAACCCGGGUUACCCUCAGGCUGAGGGACUGCUGGGGGAGUGUAUGGCCAAGUAUGGACGUGAACUCGGAGAAGACACUAACUUUGGUGGAGCACUGGUAGAUGUAGGAGAAGCCAUGAAGAGACUGGCAGAGGUCAAAGACUCUCUAGACAUCGAUGUCAAACAAAACUUCAUUGAUCCAUUGCAAGGGCUGUGCGACAAGGACCUUAGAGAGAUACAGCACCACUUAAAGAAGCUGGAAGGCCGUCGCCUGGACUACGAUUACAAAAAGAAGCGUCAGGGAAAAAUACCAGAUGAGGAGCUUCGACAGGCUUUGGAGAAGUUUCACGAGUCAAAGGAAGUGGCUGAGACCAGCAUGUACAACCUUCUGGAGACUGACAUAGAGCAGGUGAGCCAGCUCUCGUCUCUGGUGGAGUCCCAGCUGCAGUACCACCGACAGGCCGUUCAAGUACUGGAGGAGCUUUCUGACAAACUCAGAGACAGGAUGAAUGACGCUCAGUCUCGACCAAGACGUGAAUACACACCCAAACCCAAACCUAUCUUUGACUAUGGAGACAACAACCAUUCAAAUGGUGGAUACUCAUCUUCAAUUGCCCCUCCACCAUCUCGCAACUCAGAGCCAUCAUUUCACUUGGCCAGAUUGUCCUUUCGGAAGCCCAGAUUGUCCCCAGAGCAGCCGAGCUGUAAGGCUCUGUACGACUUCGACCCCGAGAACGAGGGCGAGCUGGGCUUCCACGAGGGCGACAUCAUCACCCUGACCAAUCAGAUCGACGAGAACUGGUACGAGGGGAUGCUGAACGGCCAGUCGGGGUUCUUCCCCCUCAACUAUGUAGAGGUGCUCGUCCCUUUGCCACACUAAUACCAGGGUAGAGCUCAGGAGAAGACUGACGAAGAGGAGGAGGAGGAGGAGCAGAGAGAGAGAGGAAGUAGUGGUACAGUAGUAGUGAGGGAGGAGAGUGAAGCCAAGGGAUGGGUGGAUUGUAGAAUAUUUCACCUUCAGCUCCAACAUCAUCAUCAUCAUUGUGGAAAAGCACUCCAGAUGAGAAUUUCCACCUGUUUUACCAGAAGAUAAAAGGAUCCAGAUCAAGAUGGACACAGAACGCCAUUACCUUUAAUCCAACAGUUAACAACCAACCCACAACAAAUGAAAAGAGAAUUAGUGUUAAAUCUGGUCACACUUUUGACUUCAGUGACACAUUUACAGUGUAUCAUCCUCUGUGUCAAACUGGAAACUGAGACCUCUGGGUGAGUUAAUGUUUAACAUGACUGAACUCUUCUAAAUCCUGUUCCCUUCGAGGACUAUGGCUCAUCUCGUGAUGCCACCUGCUGGCACAACCAAGAAUUACUUUUAUCUAAACUCAUACAGAGCCACAUGACUAAAAAUGUAGGUUGAAAAGAG